ACCGCUCGCCCACGGGGGAGCACUCCGCACCAAAGCUCCCCGCCCGGUCCGGCGGCGAAUCGCGUCCGGGCUCCUUCCGCCCCGCCGGCAUCGCAGCCAUGGUGGGCCCGGGCGGCGGCGUGCCGCUGGAGAACGCUAACCCGCUCAUCUACCGCCGCUCGGGGGAGCGGCCCGUGACGGCGCGGGAGGAGGACGACGAGCUGCCCGACUCCAUCGACGACCGGGAGAUCUUCGAUCUCAUCCGCUCCAUUAACGACCCCGAGCAUCCUCUGACCCUGGAGGAGCUGAAUGUCGUCGAGCAAGUUCGAGUUAAAGUGAACGAUGCCGAGAGCACCGUGGCAGUGGAGUUCACACCCACCAUCCCGCACUGCAGCAUGGCAACGCUAAUCGGCCUGUCCAUAAAAGUGAAACUGAUCAGAUCACUGCCCGAGAGGUUUAAGAUGGAUGUUCAUAUAACACCAGGAACACAUGCCUCUGAACAUGCAGUUAACAAACAGCUUGCUGAUAAAGAACGUGUAGCAGCUGCUUUGGAAAACUCUCACUUACUGGAAGUGGUAAAUCAGUGUUUGUCUGCUAGAUCAUAAUUGCCUGAUCAGGAAACCAUUAGUAUUCUGCUGUAUUAAUUUUGUAUAUAAGUGGUGUUGCUAAUGCUACAUGUAUCUAUGAGCAAAAUAAAACUACCUUAAAGAAGUGUUCCAUUACUUCUUCAAAAAAAUAAAAAGCAUGGAGAAAAUUAGCUUGCUGGUAGCUAUAAAGCUGUGAUGUAAAUUGGCUUUUUCCGUUUGUUAAUUAUUGCACUGCUGUGAUUUUUGUUCUGAACUUUUAAAAAAGAUUUGGUUGAACUUGUUUUUAACAGGUUUCUUACUGUCUAAAGACUAGUUAUAGACUGCAUUUUAGAAGUGGAGUUUGCGCACUGGGGUUUCACAAGUAUACCAAGUUAAGUAGCAGUUAAAAUCUUUAUACUCGUAUGAUUAUUUUGGACUAACACAGUUUUUCCUUCAAACAUCAAGAUUUCUACAAAUUCCUGUGUGCCAAAUUGUAAAACAUUUGUGGCAAUAACUGUAAGCAAUUUUAAAUCAUCUAAUUUAUCAAUAUUAUUAUGUUAAUCUAAACAGCCAGUAUGGAGGGCUCUUUAGAUAUGUAUAAAAUGUGACUUGCUUUUCCUUACUCAUCACUUGUAUCAAAUGCAGUAUCUUUGAGGAGGUUUUUGUUUCUUUGUUUUCUGUUUUCCUUCCUCCCUCCUGACAGGAGGGAGUCUUUGGUAGUUUUCAGUUGAAGUGAUCCAGCUACUCUGCUGAAAACCUUUCCUGGUAGAGUUUGACAGCUGUGUCAAACUUAGUGAUUUCACAAACAUAUAGUGAUUUCACUAUAUGUUGCUUUAAACAUAUACAGGUUUAGCAGUGAUAUUUAGCCUGCGCUUCUGGUCUGCGAAACAUGGCAUUUGAACUGUAGGGAUUAGUGGCAUAAAAAUUCAUUCAGAUAGAAUUCCAUUAUUAAUUUGAACUUUCUUAAGAGUUGUUUCUAAUACUGGAAAAAUAACAGCUUGUAAUAGUUCUGACAGGUAUUUUGGUGCAGACGUACAAUAUUAUCACAGAAUCACAGAAUCACAGAAUUGUAGGGGUUGGAAGGGACCUCCAGAGAUCAUCAAGUCCAACCCCCCUGCCAAAGCAGGUUCCCUACAGCAGGUCGCACAGGUCGGCAUCCAGGCAGGUCUUGAACAUCUCCAGAGAAGGAGACUCCACCACCUCCCUGGGCAGCCUGUUCCAGUGCUCCGUCACCUCACUGUAAAGAAGUUCUUGCGCACAUUGGUGCAGAACUUCCUGUGCUGCAGUUUCUGGCCAUUUCCCCUUGUCCUGUCUCCACUCACCACUGAAAAGAGUCCGGCCUCGCCAUUCUGCCCCCCACACCUUAGAUACUUAUAGACCUGGAUCAGGUCCCCUCUCAGUCUUCUUUUCUCAAGGCUGAACAGACCCAGUUCACUCAGCCUUUCUUCAUAGGGGAGAUGCUCCAGGCCCUUUACAUCUUUGUGGCCCUCCGCUGGACUCUUUCCAAGAGAUCCCUGUCUGUUUUGUACUGGGGAGCCCAGAACUGGACGCAGUACUCCAGAUGAGGCCUUACCAGGGCAGAGUAGAGGGGGAGGAUCACCUCCUUUGACCUGCUGGCCACGCUCUUUUUAAUGCACCCCAGUAAGCCAUUGGCCUUUUUGGCCACAAGGGCACACUGCUGGCUCAUGGCCAACCUGUCAUCCACCAGGACACCCAGGUCCCUCUCCGCAGAGCUCCCCUCCAGCAGGUCAUCCCCCAACCUGUACUGGUGCAUGGCAUUAUUCCUCCCCAGAUGCAAGACUCUACACUUGCUUUUGUUAAACCUCAUCCGGUUUUUUUCUGCCCAGCUCUCCAGCCUGUCCAGGUCUUGCUGAAUGGCAACACAGCCUUCAGGCAUGUCAGCCAAUCCUCCCAACUUCGUAUCAUCAGCAAACUGAUAUAUACAAUUAUGUAUCAGCUAUGUAGUACGUUUAUCAGUUAUUUACAGAGUAAUUAGUAUAGAGUUCUUGGUUGGGUUUUUUUUUGUUUGUUAGUUAGAUGUGUGAUAGUGAUGCUUUACGUUUCAGUAUUUUGUAUUGGAUAAUCUCAGAUGCUAUUUCAGAAACAGUAAACCUUAUGAAGGACAUUAUGUAGACACCACAGCCUGCUGGAACAGGCUAGUCUGUGUUGCCAGGAAACUAAGGCAGUGGUAAACCAAGUGAAAUGGUGAAGUUCACAUAUACAAGAAAACAGAACAGCAGCAAAUCCAAAUCUACUCAUUUUAGAAAUUACUCACCCAGUAUGCACAGAGCUUCUGUAGAAGGCCAACUCUUCAGCAGCGUUUAUUUGCUUAUUUGAUUAGCAUCCUUCGAAUAAUGAGCGUUUGGUUUGAUGUUUGAAUGAAACUGGAAAUAAAAAUAAUAUUUGUGUAAAAUUAAUGCUAAUAAAGGAGUAGAUUGACACA